CAAUCUUACAUCUCGCCUAAUUGUUGAUGUUAUGUUAUAUGCUGUCUCAAUGUGUUUUCAACUAGUUUUGGUGAAACUACUAGGGUUGAGAUCCUCCAGAGUUCCUUUGUGACUCCACCUUGGAGUUACUAAAAUCUUAUCCAUUCAUUUUUGAAAGAUUGGAUUUUUACACAUCAUCAAAAGUUUAAAUAAACUUUGACUAUUCCAUUUUGGUAUCUAUUUAAAUUAUUGAUAAUGUAUCAAAAUUCAAUCCUUUCUUUCAAAGUGAAUGGAUAUGAUUUUAUAAACUUUAUGGUGUAGUUACUCUAAGAACUCUUGGGGAUCUUAAAUUGGAAGGAAAAAGUUUUCCUCUAAUCCACCAUGUGGCAAUUGAUAAAACCAUCCAUAUAUACUUUUAGUCACAUGACUUCUUAAAUGAGUUGUGUGACUUACUUAAAUAAUGUGUGUGAUUUUAUGAAUCACCAUGUAAUGGAUUAGAGGAAAUUCCUCCAAAUUGGUAUGGAGAAAACUGUUGUCCAAUUUGAAAUUGCUAUAUUCACCUCUUGAAGUUAUAAAGUUUGUCAAUGUAGCUGUGACGUACAGCUUUUCCUAAUAUUAGGAAAAUAUUGCUAGAUUUAGGUCGUAUAAAGAGAAAGGUGUCAAAUUUUCACUUAUACAUAAUGAGGUUCUUGUCAAAUGAAUGGAUCCAAAGUUACCUUUUGCUCUAGGUUGACAAACGCUCUUUUCACACUUAAUUGUAAAAGGCCUCCACUUCAAAAAAAAUUUGAGGCCAAUAAACGCAAACAAAUGCGUUCCUAGGGGAUAUAUUCAUUGGAAGUUUGUUAUAAUUUUUUUCUUUACUUUUUGCCUUGGUUAAUUUGUACAUAGAUGUAUCUAAAUAUAUAUAAAAUUAUACUAGCAUCGCAUAAACAUGUGUGUUUGCAUGCAUGUUUGUGUGCACAUUUCCAUAAUGUAUCCAUGUUUUAAUGCAUGCUAUAUGUAUGUGUUUGAGCGUGCAACUGCAGGACAGAUAGUUGCACAGAUGUAGAAUCGUUAGAUUAGAUUUGAAUUAGUGGUUAUGAUCUCGUUUUAGCUAGAGCAGCAUCCUAUUGUCUUAUUUAAGAGUUUUCUGUAGUUGUAAUGGCAACUUGUUCUUGAGAAAUGAAAGAAUUGUUAACGAACUUUUGUGGUUUUUCGCUCCCUUUCAAUUAGGGAUUGAGUUUAUGUGUUCUUGCUAAUUUGAUAGCUUGAACUAGCUAUAUGAUUUUCCUUUUCUUGUUUGAACUAACUAGUUUGAUAGCUAGAGCAGCAACAUAUGUAGCAAGCCUAAAUACAUGUGAUGUGAAACUGAAUAUGAAUGAGAGAUAAAAAGAAUGAGCUUAAGAGUUCAUAUUUAGAAUUGCAUCACAUGUAUUUAGGCUUGCUUAAUAUGCAUCUGGUAGCCCUUCUACUUUGGAACAUCACUUUAAAAGUCAGUCCUAAAGGGGCAUCAUAGUCAUUGAUUAGGUAGAUUAUAUUGCUAGAUCACUGCAGCUACAAAUGUUUGCUAUAACAUUUUUUAUAGAGAUGUUAUUGUGAUCUAGACACAAAAUAAUCUAGAUUGAUGCCUCUGAUGAUCCUUGGUUAUUGAUUUUUCAUGUGUGGGUUCACUUGGAGAAAGCUACCAUGUGCAUAUGCAGUAGGCUCUACUGGUUGCUGUCCUACCUUCAUCCAUACAUUUUUAAGUACUUUACUAGAGCUGUUCAGGACCUUCAGGUCACCAAAUACACCAACCGGCAUUGACCUUCUUGCAGAACCAAACUGAUCGGCAAACAACAGUUUCCGACAAGUCGGUGGUGGUGAUCAGUCCCAAAUAUGCCAAAAUCGACUAGGUCGAUGCAGUGGUUGGCAAGAGAUCAAGAAAACUGCUUAAAAUUUCGCUGACUGGCCUUCUCAUAUAUAAUUUUUCCCAAGUCCCCCUUCUCUUCUGUCAAAUCUUGCACCCGAUCUCAAUUCUCAACUAGGAUAGAGAGAUGUAAAUGUGAUCUGCCAAUCUGGCCUUGUGGUUGUGGUGAUGCUGUGCAUAGUCAUCAUUGAUUUUUUUCAACAUUGCCACCCAUAAAAGCCAUUUUUGGCAGUGAGUCCUCCGUUUUUGUUUCCUUAGUUUUUCACACCACUAUAUAUCUGGUGAUGUUUGUGAGUUUGUAAUUUUCUGGACUUCUAGUUUGUUGGUUAGUUGGAAAGGUAGUUCUAAUAAGUGCAAGAAUUUAUCAGAGUCAUGGGUGGCUCUCUCUUUUUCUUCGUUGAGUCAAAAUCUUUUGAAUUUUCUGUUGAAGAAGGGGGUUCUUUUUUCUCAUUACGUAUCUUUGAGAGAGGCAGAGAUUCACUUCGAUCAGUGUUCUUGGGCAAAGAGAGUGCAAAGAGACUGUUUUCUAUGAUGGAGAAUUUUAUUUACUCUGAGUCCCUUGGACACUUUGCGCGUACUGUUAGAGAUGGCGAGAUGGUGUUUAUUCUACAAUCAGGUUCCAAUGCACAUGGCUCUUUUCUUAUGAUUUCUGAACUUUCACAUGGUCGUUGGAAAGGCUUCAUAGUAGUUCCGAAAGGAAAAUUGGGUAGUGGUUGGAGAGGUUUUGUUUGUCACUUGAAGAAGGCUUUAGCUCUGGGGAACCUUGCCAUUAAUCUGCCCCCAAAACUUUUACCUGGGUCUGAAUUUCAAGCCUCCAAAUCCUUUGCGGCAGCGGUGGUGCAAGGCCGUUAGAGUGAACCCAAAGUUCACAGGCUGGCAGCGGAGGAGCUUGCUCAGACCCAGGAUUCUCACGACAAAGUAAAUCCUAAACAUUUAAUGUUGGAUUCUCGAAUUCCUAACAUAGCAAAUCCGGGUUCUCAGACCCAGGAUUCUCGCGAGAGCUGCCUUGGGAAGGAGAAUGUCUGAUCGGGGCGCUGCACUCUCCUGUUUUCUCAGAUGGGACUGAAGGUAAGGUGCACUUAGACCUUUGUAUUAGAUUGGUUUGUGGGCCUCUUGGUACAUGGGAGAUCAGUUGGUCCAAAGUCAUUGAGGUGGACCCUUCAUUUAGCCAAUCCUCUAACCCAAAGCCCAUUGAUUCCUUUAAGCCCAAACACACACCCACCCCUCCAGUUUGCCAAUAUUCAAACCCAAAGCCCUUUCAAGCCUCAAACCCAAAGCCCAUCUCAAACCAAUGCCUUCGGGUGGCCUAAUACCAAACCCAAAGCCCUUCCAGCCUCUAACCCAAAGCCCAAUCAUAAACCUGUUUAUAAAUGGAAGCCCAAACCCCACCGGCCCUCUUUGACUCAAUAUCAGACCCACCCACACUCCUUCGCAAGCCCCUCCCUCUCACCUUUUCUCUUCGGCAUCUUCAAUUACGGGUAGCGAUAUGAUCGACGCUGAGCCUACUUUGACCCACAUGGAACCGACGUGCACCGAGAAGCUUCUCUCAGUGCCCGACAACUCCGAUGCCUUCGACACUGAGUCUAUGUCCUCCGAUGCUUCCGUGGAUGAGUCCUUGUGCUCUGAUGCUUCCGUGGAUGAGUCCUUGUGCUCCGAUGGUGAUGUGGCUUUGCAACGUAACAUCCAACAGAUCAUUCAUCAGCACACAGACAAUGUCAUCAAGAAAUGGGGGAAUUCCGAGCAGUGGGUUCUUGAAUUACAAGAUGGGAAGAGGGUGGUAGUCCCAAUUCAAAUUUCUUUGCCAUCGGGAGCAGUCGAUGUCGGAGUGGAUGACUCAAACCAGUUAGCGAUGGUUGCGGGGGUGGCUUUAGAAUCUAAGGAGCUUAAUUUAGAACUGGAAAAAGGGAUUGAUGUUAUUGUGGAGGUUUGGGUUUCAGAUAUUUGCUCUGAGGAUGCCUCUCAGUUUGCUGAUUCUUCGCCACCCCUCAAUGUCGAUCCUCUGGCUUUCUCUUUGCCUUUGGGUGCCAUGGAUAUUUCUGAUCAGCCAGCUACUCUGGAUGUCGAGACUUUGCUGGGUAAGGACAUUUACUCGGAAUGGUUUCAGGAUAAAUUCAGUGGCUUUGAUGACUUUCUUGGGACUUCCCUUAAAGGUUUGGAAGAGCCAGCAACCAAAUUCCUGAUGGCUGUUGAGGCUGAGAUACAACAGAGGGUUAUUAAGGAAAAAACUGACAAAGCCGAGAAGAGCUCAGGGAGGAAAGGAAUAAGGGAAUUGAGGGGCUUAUUUAGCUCUGUCAAUUAUGGUUUAGCUUCUUCAAGGCGCACUAGUUAUGGUAAGGACAGAGCUCUUAUUGUUUCCCAAUGAAUUUGAAGAUUUUAUCUUGGAAUGUUAGAGGUUUGAAUGAGAAGGAAAAACGGCUCAAGGUUCGUAAUUUUUUAUGCUCUUGGAAGGCUGAUAUCGUUUGUUUGCAAGAGACAAAAUUGGAAUGGGUUACUAGAGGUCUAGUUAGAAGCAUAUGGAGUUGUCCUUACAUUGAUUGGUUAUAUUUGGGCUCUGAGGGUGCUUUCGGUAGAAUCCUUCUCAUGUGGGAUAGAAGGGUGGUUGAAAAGAUAGAGGAUGCAGUGGGGCAUUUUUCGAUUUCGUGUAGGUUCAAAAAUGUCAGUGACCAAUUUGAGUGGGCCUUCAUAGGUAUCUAUGGUCCAAAUUGGAAUAGGAAGCGUCAACUUAUGCGGGAGGAAUUGGCAGGCUUGAUCAGUUGGUGGAAUUUGCCAUGGUGUUUGGAGGUGAUUUUAAUAUCAUUCGCUUUCCAUCGGAGAGGUUAGGGGCGGGUAGAUUUACUCGCUGCAUGUAUGAUUUCUUGGAUUUUAUUUCUCUUCAUGGGCUUAUGGAUAAUCCUUUAGAGGGAGGCCUUUUCACUUGGUCUAACUCCACCUCAGCCUCUAGAAUUGAUUGGUUUCUCUUCUCUCCGGCUCUAGUAGAAUACUUCUCUCAUUUCUCCCAAAAAAGGCUUCCUAGAGUGUUAUCCGAUCACUUCCCAAUUAUUUUGGAGAGUGAGAGUCAUCGAAGAGGGCAAAUUCCUUUUCGUUUUGAGAAUAUGUGGUUGAAGGCGGAGGGGUUCUUAGAUAAGGUGAAGUCCUGGUGGGAGAAUUACCAUUUUCAAGGGACUCCUAGUUACAUUCUUGCCAAGAAGUUGAUUGCUCUAAAAACGGACCUAAAGAAGUGGAACGAAACAGAUUUUGGCAAUAUCACAGUCAAGAAGCAGCAACUAUGGAGUAAGUUGAAUGCUUUAGAUGUAAAAGAGGACAAUCAACCUUUAUCUGAAGAGGAAAAAUUGGAUCAAGCUACCUUUCGCGCCGAUCUUGAGAAGGUUGCCUUGCUUGAGGAGAUUAGUUGGAGACAAAAGUCCACAAAGUGUUGUUUUUAAAGGAGGGCGAUUCCAAUACGAGGUUUUUUCACAGGAUGGCUAAUUCUAAUAGAAGAAAUAACUGUAUUGAAAACCUUAUGAUUGAUGGGGCUGUGACUACCAACCAAGAUAGGAUCAUUGACCAUGUUGAACAAUUCUUUAUGAACCUAUUCUCUGAGCAGCAUGUGCAGCAUCCUUUCUCGAAUGUAUUGGAUUUUCCAAGGAUUUCUGGGGAUAAUGUGGAUUAGUUAGAGAAACCUUUUGAGGAAUCUGAGGUUUUAGAAGUCAUCAAGGAGUUUAACAGGGAUAAAUCUCUUGGGCCUGACGGUUUUUCAAUGGCUUUCUUUCAAGCUUGCUGGGGGAUUCUCAAAUCAGACAUCAUGGCUGUGUUCCACCACUUCCAUGUCACUGGUCAGUUUGAAAAAAGCUUGAAUGCAACCUUCAUUGCUCUCAUUCCUAAAAAAGCUGUAGCAGUGGACAUAAAGGACUUUCGGCCCAUUUGCCUUGUUUGGGGGGGGGGGGGUGGUUUAUAAAAUUCUUGCUAAAGUUUUGGCUUCUCGUCUUUGCAUGGUUUUAGGAGAGAUCAUCUCUGCUCCUCAGAAUGCCUUUGUUCUUAAUAGGCAGAUUCUUGAUUCUGUUCUCAUUGCUAAUCAAUGUCUUGAUAGUAGAUUGAAGUCUGGUCAGCCAGGGUUGUUAUGCAAAUUGGACAUUGAGAAAGCCUUUGAUCAUGUGAACUGGGGAUUUCUUACUCUCUUGCUUGAGCGUUGUGGUUUUUCUGAUAAGUGGAGGCAAUGGAUCUCUUUUUGUUUAUCCACGGUUCGUUUUUCUAUCCUUAUUAAUGGUACUCCCCAUGGGUUCUUUGGAAGUUCAAGGGGGUUGCGGCAAGGUGAUCCUUUGUCCCCCUUGUUAUUUGUAUUGGUUAUGGAAGCCGUUGGUAGAAUGUUGGAUAAGGCUAUACAUGAAGGUCAUUUGUCAGGUUUUAAUGUAGGUGCUUCUGCUGGUAGAUCUUUGAUGGUUUCUUAUCUCCUUUUCGCUAAUGAUACUCUAAUUUUUUGUGAUGCUAAUAUUGAUCAAAUGCUGAUUCUCCGUAUGGUGCUCAUUUGGUUUGAGGCUGUGUCUGGUCUGAAGGUUAAUUGGGGUAAGUCUGAGCUGGUGGCUGUGGGGGCUGUUCAUAACAUGGAUCUUUUGGUGGCUGUCUUAGGCUGCAAGCAAGGGUCCCUCCCAAUGAAAUAUUUGGGUCUUCCUUUGGGGGCAAAAUUUAAGGACAAGUCUAUUUGGAAUUCUUGAGAAGAUGUAAAGAAAAUUAGCAGGUUGGAAAAAAUUAUAUUUAUCCAAGGGGGGUAGAGUCACAUUAAUUAAAAGCACACUCUCUAAUCUUCCUACUUAUUUUCUCUCUUUAUUCCCUAUUCCUUCUUCUGUGGCCAACUGUAUUGCUAGACUUUAGCGGGAUUUUCUGUGGGGUGGCAUAGGAGAUGAGCCCAAAUUUCAUCUGGUUGAUUGGUCUACGGUGUGUACACCGCUUUCUUUAGGUGGAUUAGGGAUUAGGAAUUUGAGAACUUUCAAUGUAGCUCUUUUAGGGAAAUGGCUUUGGAGAUUUGGGCAAGAAAGGGAUGCUCUUUGGUGUCAAGUGAUAAAUGUGAAGUAUGGUUAUGAUUGGGGUGGUUGGUGUUCUAGCUUUUUCUCUGGUCCUUAUGGAGUCAGUUUGUGGAAAAAUAUUAGAAGGGGGUGGCACUCUUUAUCUCGGUUUAUUAUGUAUGAAAUUGGAGAUGGAUCAAAAGUGCAGUUUUGGCUAGAUUGUUGGUGUGGGACUUCUUCGCUCGCAGUCCGCUAUCCUGAAUUAAAUAGGAUUAGCUGUAGUAAAGAGGCAAGUGUGGCAGAUCUAAUGAGGUACUCCAAUGGAGUCCUCCAUUAGGAGAUUCAGUUUUGUAGGGAGGUGCAUAAUCGUGAAUUGGAAGCUUUCAGGAGCUUCAUCAAUUCCAUUUAUAGCACUCCUGUAAGGGGAAUCGAGGAGGAUAAGAGAUGUUGGCUGCCUUGUAAGAGUAAGGGGUUCACAGUUAGUGCAUACUACCAUCUUCUUGUUGGCCAUAGUGAGCAGUUUUUCCCUUGGAAAAGCAUUUGGAAGCAGAAGAUCCCCUCUAGAGUGGCUUUUUUUGUCUGGACCGCAGCCUUGGGGAAAUGUCUGACAAUUGACAAUUUAAGGAAAAGAAAGGUUUGUAUUUUGGAUUGGUGUUAUAUGUGCAAGUGUAAUAGUGAAAGUAUUGACCAUCUUUUCCUUCAUUGCCCGGUUGCUUCGGAGCUAUGGGAUAUGGUUUUUGGUUUAUUUGGAGUUAGUUGGGUCAUGCCAUUGUCUGUUGUUGGGCUCUUUGCUUGUUGGCAAGGUCGUUUUGGUCGCCAUCGUAAUGGAGAUAUUUGGAAGGUCGUUCCUCUUUGUUUGAUAUGGUGUAUUUGGAAGGAGAGAAAUAGUAGGUGUUUUGAAGACAUUGAGUGUUCCAUGCCUGAUCUCAAGCUUCUUUUUCUCCGAACCUUAUUUGACUGGUUCUCUGUGUGGAGAAACCAACCUUUUUCUACUAUCUUGGAUUUACUUGACUUUUGUAAUAUUCGUUUUUAAUUUGUUCACCCCUGUAUACUUCCUGUGUACUUGGGUGUCUCUCUGUUUUGAUAUCAAUGAAUCCUUAUUACUUAUCCAAAAAAAAAAAAAAUUCUGGACUUCUGUUUUGUAACUGAGUCAACUGACAAAAUCAGUAGAACUGUAGACCUGAGUCGUGCAGCUCAUUUCCCAAUUUUGGGAAACCAAUGAGGCCAUUGUGGUGAAAAAACCUCGGCAAAAUUUGACUGCAUCAUACCAUGUAAAGGUGUACUUCAAACAAGUCUCCUUUGUACAUAAUUAACUGAGUUUAAAUUUAGCCUUUCAAUUGUAUGUUCUUUUUUUUUUUAUAGGUAACAUGAGAACUAUUAUUAAUAAAUAAAAGAUGAAUAAUACAAGCUGUUCAUGAUGAUGAACAAAAAGAAACAGAAGAAACAAACAGCCAGACGAAGAAGAGGGAAAUCAAAUAGAUAAUCUAAGGGAAAACAAAAACUCUGGAAGAGACGAAGACUCAGUAAAAUCCCAACAACGAGACCACUCAAAAAGACUACGUUGGCUUAAAACCUUCAACUCAUCCAACGUCUUCUCCUUGUUCUCAAAGGAACGACGAUUCCGUUCCAACCAAACAAUCCACAUUAUGCACCCUGGAAUCAAAUUCAAAAUAUUCGAAUUGUGCUUCCUGAGCCACUGAUGCCAACAAGACAACAAUCCCACCACCGAUCUUGGCAUAACCCAAUGAAUACCAUAAGCCUGAAGCAUGAAGGCCCAUAAGGUAUGUGUAAUAGGACAGUGAAGAAGGAGAUGGUCAACCGACUCCCCAUCACAACAACACAUACAACACCAAUUUGUCAAAAUGCAACCCCUAAGCAUGAGAUUAUCCAACGUGAGAAUCCGAUCAUGAGCAGCUGUCCACAAGAAGGCUACUCGCUUAGGAAUCUUAGGUUUCCAAACAUCCUUCCAAGGAAACUGAGAAUUCGGAUUACCCUGGAUUGCAUGGUAAUACGAUCGGGUGUCAAACCUACCAUUACCUUUGAGCCGCCAACAAAGAGAAUCCCUCCUAUCACCCCGUGGAAUACGAGGUUGGAUAAACUGAAGUAGGGAAAAAGAUGCAGCAAGCUCCCAAUCUUCGAAAGCUCUGUAAAACCUUAAAUCCCACACUCUUAUAAUGUUCCUGUCAUUACACUUUCUUAGCUAAUUAAAAAAAAAAACAUUCUAUCCUACCAACCAAACACAUAAAAUGAAAAAUUAGUAUCUACUCCACCCUUCCUUCUUUCUAUCCUUUCUGUCUUUUCCAUCAUUUCACCUUUUCAUCCUCCUUACUAAACACAAAGGUAGAAACUGCAAUUUUGUCUUUUUAAAAAUUAUAUAU